AUGUGGCUGAAGCUUCUGUUCUUUGUGUCAAUUGUCGCAGCACAAUAUGAGCCAUGUGAGUAUAAAUCGAUAAUGUCCUGACCGAAAGUUGCACGCUUUUUUCAGUGAUCUCCUCCACUUGGUCAAUGUGGUCUCCCUGGUCGUUUUGUUCCAACAACGUGAUGAUCCGAGUGCGUGCCUGCUCGACAGUCCGUGGUUUCAAGUGUGUGGGCCACAAUAAGGUACAAGUUCUUGUUCGCUCUACCUUCCCAGUUCGGGGCGUUGGUCGACCGGCCUUUUUUUCACUAAAACGAUUACUAACCCACUUUCGGAGAAACAGACCGACUGAUUGAUAAUAGACGUGUCGAGUAAAAGUGAAAUUGGCGACGAAGGUCAUUCAAAACCCAACAGCCAAUUUUCAGGAGUUUCAAUCGUGUAGCUCGCCACCAAAACGCAAUAAUUUGGAUUAUGAGGACCCGGAGGCGAACGAUCGAGAAAUGGCAAUGCGGCAAUUGUACCAGGACUACGAGCCAGAGACUCCAGAUGAAGCAAAGUGUACGUUCUGCUUUCUAAAGUUUUUAAAUCGUGUGAAACGCCCGAAAAUCUAGCUCUUUUUGAUGGGUGCCCUUCUAUUUUUACGGUAGCUUUUGAAUAUUUCAAUGCACUUGAGAAUCCAUUAUCCGUUUUUAGAUGCACCAACACGUGGAAACCGUAACUUCCACCUGAUCGUCCCGACAGUUGCUCCAACAACACAACGUAAGCGUUCCCCGACCUUUUCUGUCGCAUCGAACUUUUAACGUUUCCAGCACCUUCUCCUCCCACAGAAACCGAUUCAAACACUCAUCAUUUCUCGGUGAUUGAUCGAGCUGGUGCCGCCGGUGUUGGGGUGAUGUCCGAAGAGGAGGAGUACGAUGAGACGUUGAGAAUGUCGGUGCCAACGGAUCCAUCUCAAUCGCAGCCGACCACUUUUGAGUUUGAGAAGUAUCCGAAGAGCACAGAGAGGCCAGUGACCACUACGGAAGAGCCGACAACAACUGAAUCCACAACGACAACCACCACUAUUACCGAGGCGACAACGACAACAGUUUUUGAGGAAAUUGAAGGUUAGUUCACAAUUCGGACCAUUGUAACGUUUAAAAGAUUCCAGAGUACACAACGCCGGAGCCACUCCCGCAGACCGUGACCCCAGUUGCCCCACGUAUCGUGGAGCAUGAAGUCAUGGUUGGGCCGGAAGACGUUGGCUUCCGCGGAAAGUACACAUUGGAAGAGCCGAUGACAGAAGCUAGCCCGCCCGGAACAAUGGUCAUGGAAGCCACGACAACCGAAACUGAACUUCUGCCCACGCCUUCAUCUUUCCCAGUAGAGGUGGAGCCCGAAGAGGAACGGAUUGCGGACGGGUCAACACACAGCGUCGGAUCCUAUUCAAUUGGGAGGGAACCAAUGUGGGAGGAGGAGCCGGAGCCUUUGAUUGAAAGUCAAGAACCGAGUACGCAACAACCGCCAAGAAAUAUCCCAACAUUUUCCAUUUCUCCCAGUACCCGAAAGCUUGGCGAGGUGAGAAGAGCGCCAACAGACACGAGCACUCACAUUGAAAUGCCAAUGUCUAUGCUGCCUUUCCUGCCGACCGAAGAGCCUGAGCAACCGCCGCUUCAAUCACAAUCUCCGAAAAUUGCACUGGUCACAUCGCAACAAAAUAUGCAAAAGUUUCCAAAGAUGAUGAAUGAGCAGAGAGCUCCUCCACGACCAGUGAGCAGAACGGUGCCAAGCCCGUCCGAGUACAUGGAGCAAACAACCAGAAAGCCGAAGAUGGUCACUGUCGAAAUUACGAAUAAGACGUUGAAGAAGAAACGACGGAACAGGAGAUUGAAAAAAUUGAACAGGCUGGGCAAGAUUCGAACGGUGGCAGUUCUACCGACAGAGUACACGAUUCCAGCGGCCACGCAGCCUAUGGACAUGCCGAAUUUCGAAGUGCAAGAGGUGAGUUUUGAGCCAACGAGUUCGAUCAAUUUUAUUAGCAUUUUGACAAGGAUAAGGAGUCGUAA